CAGUGAUGAAAAUAGCCUUGCCUCAUGACCAAGUGCAGUUCAGUCACGUGUAGACUAUCAGAAAUUCUGCAUUGCAUACUAGCAUACGAUAUAUUGUUUUAAUUAUAUUCUGUGAGGUGUUAUAUAAACAUGGUUCGAUAUAUAUUAUUUUGGAAAUUCAAAGAAUAAUUUAACAGCAAAAUUAUACAUAAAAGUGGGUGAUGCUUGUAAUCAUUUAAUAUCAUUGAAGGGACAGUGGAAGAAUAUAAAUAAAACUAAGAGGCUCAAGAAAGUUAAUUACAGGUUUCUUUAAGCCUGUAAUGGAGAAAAAUAAUCGAAUUUCAGAAUAUCUUUUCGCAAAAAUGGGUCCAAGUGAUAGAGGUCCGACAACUACAGAAGAAACUUCAGCCCCUAUUGAAUACACCAAGCUGAAGAUAUGGAUUAUGGAUAAUACACUACUGGUAAUCACACUGGCUGGGGUAAUAAGUGGAAUCACUGUAGGUUUUGGCCUCCGUCCUUAUAAUUUAGGACCAAAUGCAUUAGUUAUCAUAUCAUAUCCAGGAGAACUAUUUAUGCGGCUUUUGAAAUUAAUGAUUUUACCACUUAUUAUUGCGAGCCUCAUUGCUGGAUCGGCUAGUCUCAAUGCUAAGAUGAGUGGAAAGAUUGCUAUAAGAACUUUACUGUAUUUUGUACUUACAUCAAUGUUUAACGCAUUUUUGGGAAUACUUGUGGCUGUUCUUAUUCAUCCUGGCCAAUCUGAUUUUAAAGAUAACUACGAAAAGGUUGUCCACAAUCGGGAUCACAAUAUUUUAGACAGUCUUUUAGACAUAGGGAGAAACAUCUUCCCAGAUAAUAUUGUUCAGGCAGCAUUUCAACAGGCGUAUACAGUUUAUGUCGAACCCGAAAAUGUUUUUGUUAACAACUCAGCUGCGCAUGAAAGUGAAAGAGUUUUAGUACGUAUGGUAAAAUACAGAUCUGGCACUAACACUCUUGGUCUGGUCUUCUUCUGUUUAGUAUUUGGAAGUUUACUAGGAACACUUGGUGCUAAAGGCCAGGUAGUAGUAGAUUUUUUCCAAGCCAUAUUUGAAGUAAUAAUGAAGAUGGUAACCGGUGUAAUGUGGUUUACACCUAUAGGUGUCAGUAGUGUUAUAGCUGGAAAAAUACUUGGUGUUGAAAAUGUUGCGGAAGUUAUGUCACAACUUGGUUGGUUUAUUACAACAGUGUCUGUGGGUGUCUUUCUAUAUCAGCUGAUAGUAAUGCAGCUACUAUACUUUCUAUUUCUGGGUAAGAACCCAUAUAAGUUCUAUUGGGGAUUAUCACACGCAAUGCUAACGGCGUCGGCUACAGCUUCUACGGCUGCUGCAUUACCUAUAACGUUUCGUGCAAUGGAAGGUCCACUACGCAUAGACACUCGUAUCACUCGGUUCGUCCUUCCGAUUGGCUGCAACAUCAACAUGGACGGCACAGCACUGUUCCUAGCCGUCGCCAGUGUAUUUAUCUGUCAAUUAAAUAACAUGCGUUUGGGGUUCGCACAACUUGCCACUAUAUUCUUAACGUCUACAGCAGCGUCCCUAUCAUCAGCAUCAGUACCAUCAGCAGCGAUGGUGUUGCUGCUAGUUGUUCUUGCUGCUGUUGAUGCACCAACCCAUGACGUGUCAUUGUUGUUUGCUGUGGAUUGGCUUGUUGACAGAAUAAGAACAACCAACAACAUGCUAGGAGAUUGUUACACAGCCGCCAUUGUCGAACAUUUAUCGAAAGCCGAGUUGAUGGCCUGUGAUUCUGCAUCUAUGGAGCCUGUAGCAACCAACGGGACUCUCCCGACAACUAACACGGAACUCGAUAUGUCUUGUAAGAAGUCAAUAGAUUCCGAUGACAUCAUUAUUGAUAUGCGCUUGGAUCGAAUUGAUUCCAACUAAUUUUAUCACGUAUAGAAGAGAGUGUUUUAGAAAUGAUAUGGCUAACAAUGCAUUUGUAAUGUAGUGGCUUUUGUUAUUGAUUUAUAUGUUGAUGUCAGCCAAUUAGUAGUCCAUUCUGAAUAGUUGACACAGUACUUCACAAUCAUGUUAUUAAAUAUGCAUCAACCUGUGGGAGGCUCCAUUGCAUAGGAUGCCGGCUAGAUUAUGAACCACAACGGCGCCUAUUUCUGCCGUGACGCAUUACAAUGUUUCGGUCUGAAGGGCGGCGUAGCUAGUGAAAUUACUGGGCAAAUGAGACUUAACAUCUUAUGUCUCAAGGUGACGUGCGCAGUUGUAGUGCCGCUCAAAAUUUUUGGGUUCUUCAAGAAUCCUGAGCGGCACUGCAUAGUAAUGCGCAGAGCGUAUCAAUAACUAUUAGCUGAACGUCCUGCUCGUCUCGACCAUAAAAAAACCUACUGAUGUAAUCGUAAAGUGUGACUAAAACUUUAAACUAAUGUCGAAAGUUACAAUUCCCUAAUUAGUAAAGUGACAUCAAUAACUUUUUUUAAAUAGAACUUGAAGUAUCCAUAAUUUUGAUAUUAAUUACUUCCAUACAUUUAGUAUAGCAUUAGUACAGAACUUUAUUUCCCUUAUUUAAAAAGGUUAUUACAAAAUUUUGUAUUCGAAGGCUUUGUUGUACGAUACAAUGAACUUUCUAAAUUUUUUUAAUAUCUCUUUAACAAUUACAUCCUGUAUACAGCAUGGCACUCCAACGGCGACAUUAUAUAUAAUUUCGGAACAACCUGUAAGAAAUCUAGUAGUCGCGGGCUAGCGUAGGCACUGACACCUACUUGGUGUCGUUAUUAAAUGCGAACACGUAAUGGUGAUUCGUGAUCGUCGAUUUCAAAAUUUCGUUUUCUAAUUAAAUUAAUUGUUUGUUUGGAAAUUUCAAAUUUUUAAUUAUUUACUUUAAAUUUUAGAAUUUUCUUUUUAUGAUUAAGGUUAGAUAGCCCUACACGUGUGUUGCGAUUAUAGCGCAUCUUACAUAUGAUUUUUGUGAUUUCAAUUAUAAUUUUUUCUUUGUUUGAUAAAAGCCUGGUCGCUCACUGUUAGAAUUUGUAGAUGGUCUCGCACGAAUUCCAGUUUGUAUAUCGUUAAUUUUAUCAUAGCCUAUAAGUGCCUUAGGACUGUAAUGCUAAAGGCCGGACCACAUUACAACGGCGUCGUGGUACACUGCACAGCGCGGCAUGAACAAAAAGUGAUAUUCGCUUACAUAAUAGCGUGACCUUGGCACGUCAGAUGUUCUUCUUAUUUUUUUCUCUUCUAUAGAUCGUUCUUUUUCUGCACACAACAAAUAAUGACCAUAAUCUGACCAUAUCUUCGUCACUAUCGCUCAUCUUCUAACGCAUGCGAAAUGGUAUAGAAAUCACGUGAGCUGCUUACUGCAGUUGUAAUGCGAUAGGUAGCGUCGAGCGACAUGAAGCGACACGCCGCGCAGCGCCGUUCUAAUGCGGUCCGACCUUAAUAGUUUUUUGUGUAGAGGCCAUGAUGGAAGUAGCAAUGCUUUAAUCGUAAGUUUAAUGAAUAAGUACUGAUUUAUGGUAUGUUGUAACGUUAAUUAUUGAAUAAAAAUGAGGUAAGCAAAAGUUUGUUUGAACGGUGUGAUUAAAAUGUAAAUCACAUAAUUAAAAUGAAAUAAUACUUCGAUUCUCUUUAUCUUUUUUUAUGAAAGAGGUAGAAAAUAAGCCGCCCACAUUCUCUUGCAACACCAGAGGACUCACAGGAGCGUUGACGACAUUUAGAAAGGUGUACACACUUUGUUAUAAUAUUAUUAUAUUUGUAUACUAUCUGUGACAUUACCUGUGCAUAAUCUGGAAAUAUCAUAUCAGGGAACGAACGGAUACAUCAUAAAUUGUCUGUUAAUAUAAAUCCAUGGGGUAUAGCUUUAUAAUAUCUCAGGUGUAAAAUCGGAAGUAGGUGUAAAAGUGUGAGUAGGUUUUUGCUUUUGCAAUCAUUGUAAUAAAGUUGUAACAUCACUGAAUACAAGUUUGGAUCAUACUCAAUAAAUUUAACAUUGCAAAAUCGAUCGGUUGCACAUAUUAUAAACACUCUACGCUGUCUGUGCCAUUUUGUUUACAUUUUUGAUAAUUAGUAUGUUACAAUCGGACAUGCCCAGAAUGCAUCAAUCAAUCAACAUCAAUUAAAUGCAUUCUUAUGUUUGAACGGCUUGUUUUAGUAAGUAUAAAUAGCAUCUAGUUGUUUUCCUUCACAGAUCACAAAAACGUUAGGAAAUUUUACCUACAUCCGAAUUUUUAUCACAUAUCGUAUUAACUUUAAUUAAAACAGCAAUAUGUAAUUAGUCGUCCUUAGAAUGCAAUAAAUAGGAGAUGAUUGUUAAUAUUAUAAUCUAAUAAUAAUUGCUAAUUUGCUUGUUUAAUAAUAGAAAUUAUGUGAUACGAUGUUUUCAAAUUAUUAAUAUCAUUCUUUAAAUACUAAGCACAACUUCAAACAUAUACCUAAUAUCAAGGUACAUACAUCAUUUGAGACGACAAUAAUAAAUGCAGCUAAGCAAAAAGUAGUAAAACUUUUUACCGCAAUUGGUACUAAUAAUUCAUGUUAGCACGGAAAUAUCUCUAUACAGCACCUGAACGUCAACUUUUAGAUCUCUAUUUGGCCUAAUAUAACCUAUCUAUAUCAGGAAUAACAAUUGGACGUAGUUCCUGAAAAUCGUUCCAAGCCACAAACAUCAUAUUUUAAGAAAUUCGUGUUUAAAGUUUAAUAAAUAUUAGUGUAUUCAAUACAUGUGGGUUGGGCUACUGAGUCAUAAUGUCAUUUAAGGAGUGACAAUAGGGCUGCUUUCUGUCAGUCCGUUACUAUGAAUCACGUGACUAGUUUUGUGUUCUUAACUAAAUUUCGACAUGAUUGUUGUUUGGAACGUUUUUCUGAAAUUCCAAUUAAAAUCACGUUAAUCAAAAUCUUGAAGUUUGGGUUAAAAAUAUAACAAUGAAAAAUAAUAGAAAAUAAACUGUUUGUUUUCGGUCUAAGUAAAUUUCUAGUAAAGGUCUAUUUUUUUCAUUACUAUGAAACAUUUGUUAUGUUUCAACUUUAGCACUUGAAAGUAUGUUGUCGACAACCCUCUUUAGUGAAUAAGCGUAUUGUUUUAGUGCUAUAGUUAUUUAUGCAACUGUUGUGUAAUAAAGGGUAUUAAAACACGAAUGCGAUAAUAAUGUGAUAAUAUCACAUGAGUGUUUUGAUACCUAAUUAUAAUCAGUUGCAUACAAGACUUUAUUUACUCCCAUAAUAUGAAACCUCUAUAAGAGAUUCUGAAACAGUUAGCUUACAGUUAACAUGCCAGUCCUAGUAACCAUUACAUCAUGCAAACAAGUGUUGUAAUGUUGUACUGAAUUUCACUACAACACUCGUUUUUAUGAUGUAAUCGUUAUUAGGACGUUGAGUGUUUUAAUGUUGGCAUUAAGGUAACUUCAUAAAAAUCUUUUAUAGAGAGGUGUAGAUAAAAUUCAUAUACACUUUCCACGCAUUAAUACUAAGUAAGUAGUCAACGAGGUUUUCACCAAUAAAGGGUUAAUUGUACGUAAAUACAUGAAAUAAUAAAAUUAUGAGCAUAUUUUAAUUAUUAUUUGAUAUAAUAAUCUUAGAUGAAUAUUGUUAUUUUCUAUAGUUGUUGGUAGUUAUUUACUAAGAUUUAAAUGCCUUUUUAUUCCAUGAAAUCAAUCAAUCAUUUUCAGCUAUGAAGUUAAGUAGAUUACUUAGAUUAGUUGCAAACUGUGAUAAUAUUAUGUAUUCGUAUUUAGAGUAUUAAGUAUUAAACAAGUAUCUAUUU